AUGUCUGACCACGUAGAUCCACCACUAUGUGAGUGUGUACCAAGACAUGGUGAACCGUAUUUUGAUCUCGUGCAUAUGUCUCACGAAAGUCAGAAACCGUUUGAGGUAAGGAAGAAACAACUUUCAUCUGUUCUCGAUUUGAUCGGCGUUACUCCAUUAAUUAAAUUAAAUAAGAUUCCGAAGUCCGAAGGAAUAAAAUGCGAUAUGUAUGUAAAAUUGGAGUAUGAAAAUCCAGCUGGAUCAAUAAAGGACCGUAUUGCGUUACGAAUGGUGACAGAAGCAGAGAAGCAGGGACUGAUAAAACCUGGUGUGACUACACUUAUUGAGCCCACUUCAGGAAACACAGGUAUCGGGAUUGCUCUAGUUGCUGCUAUCAAAGGCUACAAGUGCAUACUAGUGAUCCCAGACAAAAAUUCCGACGAAAAGGUGAACACCAUACUGGCUUUGGGUGCCAAAGUGGUGAAGACCCCGACAGACGUGCCCUUCGAUGACCCCGAAAGCGACAUUGAAGUCGCAAAGAAGUUGCAUAAAAAAAUUCCAAAUAGUUUUAUAUUGGAUCAGUUCAACAACCCGGUAAACCCACUUGCACAUUUUGACGGGACAGCUGAGGAGAUCCUCUGGUCUCUGGACGGUAAGGUAGAUAUGGUUGUAAUGGGCGCUGGCACCAGCGGCACCGUCUCCGGCACGGCUUACAAGAUAAAACUGACCUACCCUGACUGUAUCGUCAUCGGUGUUGACCCAAAAGGAUCUAUUCUGGCACCUGGUAAUACAGAACACAUUGAGUAUGAGGUUGAAGGCAUCGGCGACGACUUCUGUCCUGACGUGCUGUACUAUGAGGUUAUAAACGACUGGGUGCAGACAGUGGAUUACGAUUCCUUUACCAUGGCGCGACGCCUUAUCAGGGAAGAAGGCAUCCUAUGCGGUGGCAGCUCGGGUGCAGCGGUGUGGGCGGGGAUACAGGCAGCUAAAAAAAAAGGGCUGAAAGAGGGGCAGAAAUGUGUGGUGGUGCUGCCGGAUGGCAUCCGAAACUACAUGAGCAAGUUCAUAUCCGACCCCUGGAUGGAGUUGCGCUACUUCAAACUCACGCCCGAUAACAAACACUGCCAAGAAUGGUGGUAUAAAAAUCUGAUGUUGAAAGAUAUUCAGCCGAUAUGCAGUGUCCAAGAGAACUGGUCCAUGGAGAAAGCAGUCGACACUUUGUUAUCCUACAAACCGUCUGCCACUGUCGCCGCUGUCAUUAAUAACGACAAGUUUAUAACGGGACUGCUACCGGUGCAGGAAACGCUAAAUCGUCUGGAAAAUCAGUACAAACUCGACGAUCCGCUAAAAAAAUUCAUCGUAAAGCGUUACAAGGGUUUAUACAUGAGCAAUGAACCUACUCUAGGUGCUGUCUUCCGCGCUCUUAAAAUCGAGCCCUACGUUCUAAUCCUCGAUCGUGAUGAUCCUAAACAUAGAGUCAAAGCGCUUGGUCUGAUUACAACAUCAAUUAUGCUGCGUAUCAUCUCUGCGUAUUAUGCAACCAAAACAAUACAAAAACAAGAUGCUUAG